ACUUUAAAUGCCCUCUGGACGUACUUGGCUAGUCAGGGUGUGGAAACCCGAUCGCUUUGGCAGCGUAUAUGUGAGCUGGCCUUCAAAACUUUAUCUUCUGUAACUCCAUCUAUCUCCAGUCUCGUGCAACAGUUUUGCGUCCGCCGAUACUGUGUCCACGAGCUGUUUGGUUUUGAUAUUCUUUUGGAUUCCGAUUUAAAACCCUGGCUUCUCGAGGUUAAUAUUUCGCCUAGUCUGCAUACGCAUUCCCUUCUUGACAAUGAAGUCAAGACGCGUGUGAUUGUCGAUAUGUUUAACAUUGCCGGCUUCCAGGUUCCUUCUGGUAAGGAGGCCCGUCGGCGGACCAGUGCUACUGCAUUUCCGAUGGAAGAACGUGAGAAUGACGUCUGCCAGGCCAAUGUGACUAACAAGUGUCCCAUUUUACCCCCUUCUGCCGUAGCUACUAGCUGUGAGACGUGUACUCACAACAUUUCCUCGCCUCUUGGACCAGCGGCCUGUCGUGAUAAACACCAAAAGAGUUUAGCUGUUCCAGACAUUCAAAAUUCUUUCGAAGUGACAUCUCAUUCAAAUUACGGAGUUUCUUCCGCUUCAGCUGUUUCUACUAACACUAAAAGUCUCAAGCCUUUUCAUAGUCCUCAAGUAAUUGAACGAAGAGGAUCUCUCGGCUCUUGUGCGGGCUGCUUAGCCACUUGGGUCUCAAAUACAGGACGCACAGCUCUCCUAGAGCCUGUAGGUGUUAAAAAAAGCGGCGUCUCAUCGAAGUUGCAUUCACAAUCAGUAAGAGACCCGCAAUAUCAAUACACCCUUUUAUAA